CGACGCCUUUGCGUUCCGGACGGACGCGAAGGUUCCGGUUCAGCACCGGCUUAAGCACCGUCGCCGCGCCCAGCUUAGUAUUUACCAAACCGUCACAGCACACUCUCCGAACGAAGUUAAGGAUUGAUAAUAUGACAUCGCUCUAACGUCACAAGAUUCCUUUCUGUAGAAUAUCCAGCCAGCGAUAACACUUUUACUGCCCAGUCCAGCUCUUUGAUGUUUGGGUCCGAGCAGCUCAUCAAGAUGUGCACACCUGACCCCCUCUUUUUUUCCCACUCCGCUUUAAGUCUUGAGAAAGCGUGGUUGUAUGUCCAGCCAAAUGUCCGGUUAUUUGUCUACUAAAAUUUUGACAUCUAGAUGUCUUGAUUGGAUUCUGUUUUCUGCCAGUUAAGGAAUUAAAAGGCAGUAAAAACCUCCAGCCAGGCAGGUAGCAGCGGAGGAGGAGGGAGCGACGACUAAGCACAGCUAAUGAAUGAGAAGAUAGAAUUAGCUAAUGAGGAAAGGUUUUCUAGGGGUGAGAAAACAUGAGCGGGCACACAGAAAAAACCCUCUGCAAAGUGGAAGACGAUUUCAGGAACCCUCAAAUCCAUUCCCUUGGGGGUUUAAGGGACUGAGGAUUUGGUCACACAAAGUGCCUGGUAUGGGUCCUCAACUUUGCCCUAAGCAUGCCCAGAUCCAGCUUUGAACUUGUGUAGUAGCACAGCAGACCCAUCAGUGGGUGGCUCUCUUGGUAGAAGAGAAGUAGAAAAGCCUUUUUAGGCUGCUGGGUUUUUGUUUCAGGUCUGCCAGGUCAGGAAGAAGCAGGCCAGAUUGGAAGUUCACUAUCUUUCUUAUGUAGUCUCAGCUCCUCUCCUGAGGAAUCUACUUAUCAGGAAGUCUAACUCCCAGUCUCUCUGUAUUGUUUGUCCCAGUGUCUCUGUAUUGGUUGUGAAUUGGUCGUUAAACCUGGAGACUCGAUGCAACUCAAAUAUGAGAACUUUUCUGCUUGCAGGUGCACGCUUCCAGUGUAAUCGAUUGAAGUCUUCUUUUACUCUUUGUGAUGUUCGAAGCCUCAUUAUCUUCUGUACUGAUGCCUGGACGUGUAGCAUUAGUUACUUCAAGCUUUGCCUUUGGUGUGCUUAAGUUAUGUGUGGAGUGAACAGAGAGAAACUGGGCAUUUUUUUCCUUUCUUUUUUUUUUUUCUUCUUCCCUUUCUUUUUGUAUAGACCCAGCUUUCAUGAAAGUCCCUCUACACACCAGGCUGGCCUUGAAUUCAGAGAUCCACCUGCCCUGCCUCCCAAGUGCUGACAUUACAGGCGUGUAGUACUGGUUCUGGAAGGUCUUUAUACUACAAUGCAAGCUUGUCUUUGCAGGACAUCUACUACUGAAGACUGCAUUCUUAGUUGUUUGUAAGACUUAAAUGGAAUUAAGCCAGAAAGGCAAAAUUGCUUUCUCAUUUUACUACUACAUUAUUGUGAUAGUUAACAGAAAUUUCUUUUUUUAAUAACGUUUUUCUUAUUUCUUAGAGAAUUUCAUACAGUGUAUUUUGAUAACCACUACUCACCUUAAUUCUUCUCAGCUCUACCCUGACUUCCCUCACCCCCUCUUUUUUUUUUUUUUUUAAGUUAUCAAGUCCCAUUUUGUGCUGCCCCAUUUAUUCAUGGAUGUGUGGCCAUCCAGGAGAUUGGUUGACUUACCAGGGGCCAUACCCUUAAGAAAGCUAGCGGGAAUUACCAAUUCCACAUUUCCUUUUACACACACCUUCCUUCUUCAGAUGCCCUUAACUGGUCAUAGCUCCUCUGGGGUAGGGUACCCCCACCCCUCGAACUCUUCGGGCUCCAUGCUGGAGUGUUGACUGACUUGAUCUUGCACAGGUCUUGUGCAGCCAACCAUAGCCGUGACUUUAUGAGGGCAGUGUUCCUGCAAUACCCAGAAGACACUGUCUCUCAGUUUCUGCCCCAGCCCCAGGCUCUUCCCAUUCCGUGAGCCUUGGGGGUGGGAGAAGGGUGUUGAUGUGGCAUCCCGUUUGUGGCGGAGCACUCCCCUGACAUUUUCUAAUAGAAAAUUCUGCAUAGAUGGUAGAAUGAUAUUACAGUCUCUUUCAUUUCCACCACCACUCCUGAUACAAAGGCUAGCAAACACAGGAGACUUCCUUUCUAUUGUUUAGCCUCUAAUGGGCUUAUUUCAUAAGUUUCAGGAACAAUUAGUAAUAGGUAUGUGGUUGGUACAUAAGCUUCUUAUUCUUUUUCAUUUGUACAUGUCAGCCCCAGAACCCUGUGUCCACCAUAGCGAGUUAAUCUCUGUUUUUUAUGGGUUAGAAGACUUUCCGACCUCAGCUGAAAGCUCAGCAUGCCCAUGUUCCAGUCUUAGCAUUACUGUAUCCCUCGCACCUUUCUCUGGCCAGUUUCUCAUCUGUAAAAUGGGCUUUCAGUUUCCACAGAGUUCAGAACAUGAAGUUACCAAUUCCACAUUUCCUCUUACACAUACCUUUGGAAGUUUAAUUUUGUUUUUUAAAAUAUUGGGUCACUGAAUAAUUCUGAAUAGUACUGACUGCUUUCACGGGGUCCAGUGGGUAAAGAUGCUUGCCACCCAAGCCUGAUAACCUCAGUUCAAUCCCUGGGAUGCAUGUAAAGCUGAAGGAGAGAAUCACUCCACAGAGCCAUUCUCUGGCCUCUGCACAUACAGGGUAGCUCCUAGUGCAUAUGGUAGCACCUCACACACAUACAAUUAAUACAAAUUAAAAGAAGAAAUAUUAUGUUUAAAAAUAUCAAUACUUUAACAAUGAAAGUCAAUGGUAUUAGUCUCUCUCUCUUUCUCUCUCUCUCUCUCUCUCUCUCUCUCUCUCUCUCUCGCUCUCGCUCUCUCUGUCUGUCUGUCUGUCUGUCUCAAGAUUUCUUCUAAAUACAUAUGGGUGUUUGCAUACAUGUAUAUCUGUGGGCCAGAUGCAUGCAUUGCCCAUAGAGGCCAGGAGAGGGCAUUAAAUUCUCUGGAAUUGGAGUUUGUUUGGAACCAUACAGUAAUACAUACAUUGGAGAUGUUUGUGAACCACAGUGUAGAUGCUAGGAAUCAAAUCUGGGCCCUUUGGAAGAGCAACAAGUGCUCUUAACUGUUGAGCCAUCUCUUUAGCCCUUGCCUGUGACUUUAAACAAAAUGUCGGCCUUCAUGGAAAGUAAUAUUUUAGAAUUUGUCUUAAUGAACUCUAACGUAAGAUUAUCCAAGGGUAAGACUUUAUAACAAUGCUUUGAAACCAGAAGGAAUGACUAAUGAAGGUUUUGCUCAAGUCCGGAGGUGUGUUUCCUUCAGCUGGCGUCCUAAUCUCCCUGCUUCAGCCUCCCAUUCGUGAGCCUUGAACAGUGGGGUUAGUGGCCUUCAGAGUGUCCUUGUUUCCAUCUUUCUUAGAGCUGACAAAACAGAAAAUUUCUAAGUUACAACAGUUCUUCCCUACCAGUAUGAAGUCUAAACAGCAGGACCAUGAGGGUGUGCGGUGGUACACACUUUGAUCCCAGCACUCAGGAGGCAGAGGCCAGCCUGCUCAACAUAGUGAGUUCCAGGCCAGCCAACGUUACAUGCAAAUGUAGCCCCGAGGAUUUGGCCACCGCAUAUAACAACAGGGGGCAAACCAAGUACUUCAGUGUUGAUUUUUAUGAAGCCAUGGACGACUACACAUCUGCCAUAGAAAUCCUGCCUAGCUUUGAAGUUCCCUAUUAUAACAGAGGCUUGAUACGCUACAGGCUGGGGUAUUUUGACGAAGCUUUGGAAGAUUUCAAGAAGGCAUUAGACCUCAAUCCUGGAUUUCAAGAUGCUGUUUUGAGCUUAAAACAGACCAUUUUAGACAAAGAAGAAAAGCAAAGAAGAAAUGCAGAGAAAAGUUAUUGAAACCUUUAGCUUAUUGAGAUUUUAACUCGAGAUCCUUAAAUCUGCAUUUGAUUGGCUCUAAGAUAGGCAUGGAACUAUUUUGGUUAUAUGUAAGAGACUGAAUAUUAGAAGUGAAAGUAAAAUAAUGUGCUUAUUAAUUUCAAGAAAGAUCAUGUUUGAUAGAUCUCUUAAUAGAAUAAAUAAAUAAUAUCAAUGUAUUAAUGUGUGCUAUUACAGCAAAAUAUUUAAAUCAAUAUGUAUUAUUUUUAGUAAAGGUUUUAUUUUUACCUCA